GUUUAUUUAUGUUGUGAUUUUGAACAUGGUGAAGACGUCUUCGUAAAGGAGCUGAAAAUUCAUGUUUUUACUGAUUUUGUUUUCGUUAAUUUGUAUUAAACAGAACAGAAAUAUAACAUGGCUGAUAGUGAAGACGAAAAUUAUAGAGAUGACUGUGUUAAUCUCACAGGCUUUCUAUUCGGAAAUGUUGAUGAGUCUGGAAACCUGGAAAGUGAUGUAUUUGACUCUAAUGAACAGAAACAACUUGCUUCUCUUGGAAGAUUGGCAUUUGGAUCAUUUCUUAAAGAAAUGAUAGGGGAUGAAGAAGUCAAAGGUGGUGAUGAUGGAAGAGACCUAGAAUGUGGAGAUGUUCUAAAUCCUGAUUUCGAUAGAAAGGAAGAUGAUAAUAGUGAGGAGAAUGAAUCAUCCAAGGAUUUGGAUAAUAAGUCACCUUCAGCAGAGGAUUAUUUUGACAUUAAUGAGCUUGCUGAUGAUGAAAAUAAAAAUGAUGCAGAAGGCUAUGAAGCAGAUGAUGAGACUCCAGCUAAAGAUGGGGAGUUGAUGCCUCCCCCACCUAUUCCCUCCACUGUAAAUCCGAAAGAAAAUGGUGGAGCACAUGGCGAUGAGAUUGAAAGAAAAAAAUUAGAAACUCCUCUUGCUGCUAUGCUCCCUUCUAAAUAUGCCAAUGUAGAUGUCACAGAAUUGUUCCCAGACUUUCGACAUGGAAAGGUUUUGAGAUUUUCUAGGCUUUUUGGCCCUGGCAAGCCCAACAGCUUACCUAACAUUUGGAAAAAUGUCAGAAAAAAGAGGAAGAAGCGGAGACAAAAGGAAAACAAUCAACAUGAAUCAGAUUCAAAUUCAGAGGAAGAUAAGCCGAAGAGUCGUGGAUGGUAUUUUGACUUUGCUGAGCCAAAACCCGAGCAGAUCAUGAGUGAUGAUGAGCAAAAGUUUCUGAAUCCGGUUGAACCUUCAAAUGAGAACAACAAACAAGAUACGGAAAAGCGAGACGAGUCUGGCCCAAAAGCUGCUGAUUGGAGAUUUGGUCCAGCUCAGAUAUGGUAUGAUAUGUUAGAAGUACCUGAAACCGGGGAAGGUUUCAAUUAUGGGUUUAAAUUAUCUGAGCAGAAAACCAAUGAGAAUGAGAACCAAAAGGUUGUGAAACAGGAAGAGAACGAUGACUAUCCUGAUGAUGCGUUCUUGAUGGUAACUCAACUUCAUUGGGAAGACGACGUUGUUUGGGAUGGAAAUGACAUUAAGCAUAAGGUUCUACAAAAGUUGAGUUCUAAAACCAAUGCAGCUGGCUGGGUACCUAGUAGUCAUAACAGAACUGCUCAGGCAUUUAGUCAACCUGGAAAAGGUGGUAGCAAUGUAAGAAUGCCUCCUGUGCCAAAUCCGCCAUUACCUGGGAUGAAAACAAAACCUCAGCUCAUAAAACCAAGACCAGAUCAAGAUCAAGAUGACACUUGGUAUUCUAUAUUUCCUGUGGAAAAUGAAGAUUUAGUAUAUGGUCGGUGGGAAGACGAUGUGAUUUGGGAUGCAGAGGACAUGAGGACUAUACCAAAGCCAUCUAUUUUGACAUUGGAUCCAAAUGACGAGAAUAUUAUACUUGGAAUUCCAGAUGAUAUUGACCCUUCUAAACAAGUUGCAGGUCAGGCGACUCCUGUUAAAGUGAAGAUUCCUCAUCCACACGUAAAGAAGUCGAAAAUAUUGUUAGGAAAAGCUGGCGUGAUAAACGUGCUCCAAGAAGAUACCCCACCACCACCACCUAAAUCUCCAGAUAGAGAUCCAUUCAACAUAUCUAAUGAUGUUUAUUAUCAGCCCAAAACAUCAGAAUCGACGCUUCGUCUGAAAGCAGGUGGUGCGAAUUUGAUCCAGCAUUCCACACCUGUAGUAGAAUUACGAGCUCCGUUCAUACAAACUUAUAUGGGACUUGUACGUUUGAGGAAUUUCCAUCGUCCACCUAUGAAGCGUUUCUCGAACGGCGCACUCUCUAAACCCGGUCCUCACUCUGUUCAGCCGUUAACGAGGCAUAUCAAAAAGAAAUCAAAGCUGCGGGAGCAAGAAAGAAUUGCGUCAGGUGGUGGAGAUGUAUUCUUCAUGAGAACAGCCGAGGAUUUGUCUGGCAGAGAUGGAGAUUUGGUCCUAGUCGAGUUUUGUGAAGAACAUCCUCCUUUAAUGAAUCAAGUGGGCAUGUGCUCCAAAAUAAAAAAUUAUUACAAAAGGAAAGCUGCAAAAGAUUCCGGUCCGCCAUCUUAUAAAUAUGGUGAGACUGCCUAUGCACACACAUCUCCAUUUUUGGGCAUUCUACAUCCAGGUCAAUCCAUACAAGCUGUAGAGAAUAACAUGUAUAGGGCUCCAAUAUAUGAACACAAUGUACCUGAAACGGAUUUCUUGAUUAUAAGGACUAGGCAUCAGUAUUAUAUACGUGAGAUAGAUGCCGUGUAUGUUGCCGGGCAACAGUGUCCUUUAUAUGAAGUUCCAGGGCCAAAUUCUAAAAGAGCAAAUAAUUUUGUCAGAGAUUUCCUGCAGGUGUUCAUUUAUCGACUAUUUUGGAAAAGUAAAGAUUAUCCUAGAAAAAUUAAAAUGGAUGAUAUUAAAAAGGCAUUUCCACUACAUUCAGAAAGCAGUAUAAGGAAAAGACUAAAACUUUGCGCUGAUUUCAAAAGAACAGGCAUGGACUCAAAUUGGUGGGUCAUCAAACCUGAGUUCCGGUUACCUUCUGAAGAAGAAAUUCGUGCAAUGGUUUCACCAGAACAGUGCUGUGCAUAUUUCAGUAUGGUAGCAGCUGAGCAGAGACUAAAAGACGCUGGUUACGGAGAAAAGUUUCUGUUUGCUCCAGCAGAAGAUGAUGAUGAGGAAAUGCAGCUAAAGAUGGACGAUGAGGUCAAAGUGGCACCUUGGAAUACCACAAGGGCAUAUACAAGCAAUGAGAGGGAAAUGUCUUCUACAACUUACUGGACCCGCUGAUCCUACUGGAUGUGGUGAAGGUUUCAGUUAUGUAAGAGUUCCAAAUAAACCGACUCAAAGUAAAGAGGAGCAAGAGUCACAACCAAAGCGAACUGUCACUGGUACAGACGCGGAUCUCAGGAGACUUUCACUCAAUAAUGCUAAAGCUCUUUUAAGGAAGUUUGGUGUGCCAGAAGAGGAGAUUAAGAAACUAUCUCGAUGGGAAGUAAUAGAUGUGGUACGUACCCUUUCGACAGAAAAAGCCAAAGCAGGAGAAGAAGGCAUGGACAAAUUUUCCAGAGGAAAUCGUUUUUCAAUAGCGGAACAUCAGGAAAGGUACAAAGAAGAAUGUCAAAGGAUAUUUGAUCUUCAGAAUAGAGUACUUUCAAGUGCAGAAGUUCUCAGUACUGAUGAAGGUGAAAGCUCCGAAGAAGAAAGUGAUGAGGACAUUGAAGAAAUGGGUAAAAAUAUUGAAAAUAUGCUGGCCAACAAAAAGACUAGUUCGCAGUUAUCACUAGAAAGAGAGGAGCAAGAAAGACAGGAAUUGAGGAAGAUGAUUAUGGAGGGAGAAAAAGAUAAAUUAAAAGAUAAGAAGAAGGAAGACGAGCCCGAAGAUCAGAACUACGCCCAACAAGGUCGUGUCCUGAAAAUAAUUCGAACAUUCCGCGACCCUGAAGGAAAGGAGUAUACUCGGGUAGAGUAUGUUCGGAAGCCAGCUGUAAUUGAUGCUUACGUGAAAAUUCGUACCACAAAAGACGAAGCUUUCAUUAGACAAUUCGCUACUCUCGACGAAGCACAGAAGGAGGAAAUGAAACGUGAGAAGCGACGUAUACAGGAACAGUUGCGCCGCAUCAAACGAAAUCAAGAAAAGGAACGAAUGGGAGUGAGCACACUCAGCAGCAGUGGAUUCUCAAACAGCGCAUUCAGAGAAGGAAAUGGUGGAUCUGUUGGACCUUCGCCUAUCCCACAUCAGACAGUAAUGUUGUCACACCAUUCCAUGCCUGGAACAAGUAGCUCGAAUGCGAUGGCAUCAAAUGUGUCGAAAACUUGCCCAACAGGAACGAGACUGCUGUCACUCCCCCAAGUUCACUAAUGAAGGCUGUCACUUCUUCUCCUUCUAAGUCCAGAAGAAAAACUAAAUUGAAGCCAGAUUUAAAGCUGAAGUGUGGAGCUUGUGGCAAUGUAGGACAUAUGAGAACCAACAAAGCUUGUCCCCUUUAUCAAAGUACAUCUGGUGGCACUGCUCCAAUCAAUGUUGCCAUGACCGAGGAGCAAGAAGAGGAUAUUGAGAAGCAGUUGAAUACGGAUGAUGAAGAUCUAGUCAAUGUUGAUGGCACGAAGGUUAAACUAUCUGGUAAACUUAUCAAGCAUGCUGAAGAGAUGAAAAGAAGAAGCCUGAUGUUGAAAGUACCAAAAGACGCUUUGGGCAAAAAGAGAAGAAGAGGGGUGUCAGACCUGCACUGUGAUUAUCUUAAGAAGCACAAUAAGCCUGCAAAUAGAAUGAGAACGGAUCCUGUCGUAGUACUCUCUACGAUUUUAGAAACUAUAUUGAAUGAGAUGAGAGACAUGCCUGAUGUUCAGCCGUUUUUGUUUCCAGUUAAUCCUAAGUUAGUUUUGGACUAUUACAAAAUUGUUCAGAGACCGAUGGACCUCCAAACGAUACGAGAAAACCUGAGGCAAAAGAAAUAUCAGAGUCGUGAAGAAUUUUUAGCUGAUGUUAAUCAAAUUGUGGAGAAUUCUACACUUUACAAUGGCCCAAAGAGUAGUUUAACUAUAGCAGCUCAGAGAAUGUUGAAUAAGUGCGUAGAAAGGUUGGGAGAGAAGGAAGACAGAUUGAUGCGACUGGAAAAGGCAAUAAACCCGUUGCUGGAUGAUAAUGAUCAGGUGGCGCUUACAUUUAUCUUGGACAAUGUUGUAAAUACAAAAUUAAAAGCAAUGUCUGAGUCAUGGCCAUUCCUAAAGCCAGUAAAUAAAAAAUUGGUGAAAGAUUACUAUAGUAUAGUAAAACGGCCUAUGGAUCUUGAAACAAUAUCAAAGAAAGUUGCAGCGCAUAAAUAUCACAGCCGACAUGAAUUUUUGGUGGAUAUAGAGCAAAUCUUACAAAAUUGUGUUCUCUACAAUGGAAAAGAAUCCCCAUUUACGGAGAAAGCCGAACAGUUGGUGAAAGUCUGUAAAGCAACUCUUGAUGAGUAUGAUGAGCACUUGACCCAGCUGGAGAGCAAGCUCCAACUAGCUCAGGAAAGGGCGUAUGAAAAUGAUGAUCAAUCUUGGGUUGGCGGAGAUGAAGAAAAUUUCACCAUAGUAGAACCUGAUCACAUUAGUCAAACAAGUUCGCCGGAACAUUUGUCAUCAGUGAAAUCGCAGCUAGAUGAAUAUGAUCUCAUUGACGUAGAAGGUGAAGGUGCUCAAGCUAUGGAUGAAGCAUUGAACUUCAGACCACCAAAAAUGAAGAAAAAAGUUAAAAAGGAAGACGAGCAUACUUUAGAGCAAGAUUUACAGUUUUCUAGUGAAGAGGAACUUGAUGAGGUACCUCUACACGAAUUUGAAGAGGAUCAGGAUCAGAAAAGCAUUUUCAUCUCCGCUGAAAUUCCAAUGGAAGGUGCUGAAGGCGACGCAGAUGAUGAUAGCCAGCAAGCUGCUGAAGCAAUGGUACAACUUGGCACGGUGGGGUACUAUCCACCAAAUGAGGGAGAAGAACCGGAUGCGUUAAUGUACAAGGAUGAAAGUAUGGAUGUAGAUCCAAACUAUGACCCUUCGGACUUUUUGAUGUCUGGCUUACAGCCGCUGAGAAAGGCUGAAGUCGAACAACAAGAAGAAAGAGAUCAAGAAGUGAAGAUUCACGAUGAUUUGGCGGUGAGCGAAAGUGAAGAUGAAGGAGCAAAUGCGCCGCAAGAGCAACAAGAGGAUGAUGAUGGUGGAGAGUUGUGGUUUUAAAUUUUGAUUGAUGUUGAUACAUUGUAAUUCUAUGUUGUUAUAGUUUUUUAUGAAUAUAAUGUGAAAUAAAUUUGAUUUAUGAUAUUCUACA